UUCAUUUCAUUCAGUAUUCAGCAUGUUCCGCACUGUGUGACUUUAUCAAGUUUUGUGCGCUUGCAUAUUACAAUGAUUUUAGUUUAUUUAUUUUUUAUAGUUCUAUUAUUCAUCAUUUACGUUAAACGAAAGCAUACUUACUGGAAAAGGCGUGGUUUAUUUCAGUUAGAACCAGAGUUUUUCUUCGGAAACUCCAGAAGAGAAGUGACAGGGAAACUCUCAUUUGCCGAAGGUUUUCUAGCAAAAUAUAAACAGUUUAAAGCCCUUGGCUUAAAACAUGGAGGAACAUAUACCUUUAUUGAACCAGUCUACAUACCUAUCGAUCCAGUAAUCAUCAAAAACAUCCUGGUAAGAGAUUUUUGGAGCUUUACAGGUCACGGACUCUACCACCAUCCUUCGGAACCUCUAUCCAUGCACUUAUUCAACUUAGAGGGUGAGUUAUGGAAACAGCUCAGAUCAAAACUCACCCCCACCUUCACAUCAGGGAAAAUUAAGAUGAUGUUUGAAACUCUCCUGGAAAAAGUCAAGGAUUUAGAAAAGGUAAUGGAUAAUUGUGCUGAAAAUCAGGAAGUUAUUAAUAUCAAAGAAUUGGGAGCUAGGUUUACUACUGACGUUAUAGCCAGUUGCGCGUUUGGACUGGAAUGUAACUCACUGGAAAAUCCAGAAAGUGAGUUCAGAGUUUUUGCGAAAAAAGUCUUUGCUCCCCAGAUUUUGAGAAUUUUCUGUAUUUUUCUUUUUCCUGAUUGGUUCCUGGGUUUGAUCAGAUUUAAAAGCAUUCCAAAGGAUGUUACCGAGUUCUUUUCAAAGACUGUACUGGACACAAUAAGGUUUAGAGAGGAAAGCAAGUUUUAUAGGAAAGAUUUUAUGCAGUUACUGUUGGAAUUGAAGAACUCCAACAAGGAAAUAGGGAUCCAGUCUAUCAGUAAUGAUGAAAUUAUUGCACAAUGUUAUCUAUUCUUUCUGGCAGGGUUUGAGACAUCUUCUACCACGAUAACUUUUGCGUUUUUGGAAUUGGCUCAAAAUCAAGACGUUCAGGAUAAAUUGAGGUCAGAAAUUUUGAAGGUGUUGGAAAGAUAUAAUGGAGAAUUUAGUCACGAGGCUUUAAUGGAAAUGACUUAUCUUGAUAUGAUUGUAAAUGAGACGUUGAGGCUAUAUCCACCGCUAGCUUUUCUUCCCAGGAUAUGCAACAAAACUUACAAAGUCCCAGACACAGAAGUGGUCAUUGAAAACGGAACCAGAGUUAAUAUUCCCAUUUGGGGACUUCACAAGGAUCCAGAAUAUUAUCCAGAUCCUGAAAAAUUUAAUCCGGAGAAUUUUAGUGAGGAAAACAAAGCUGCAAGACCUGAUUUUACUUAUAUGCCCUUCGGAGAGGGACCUAGGAUGUGUAUAGGUUUGAGAUUUGGAUUGUUACAAACGAAAUUGGGAAUAGCUAGUUUAGUGAGGAAGUACAAAUUCACCCUAAACGAAAGAACGAAAGUACCAAUCAGCAUGGAGAGUACCAAUUUCCUGUUAUCUGUUGAUGGUGAUGUGUGUCUAAAUAUCAAUAAAAUAUAAGAACAGAAAUUAAAUUUAAAGGCUGCCAUAUAUGUAAACUUUUGAAAACUUCUGAAAAUCUGCACAGUCGAUCACAAAAAAGUCGAACACAGCUGGAAGAAAAAAAAAACACUUUCUGGAAGGUUACGAGACUUUUGAUGUGACUUCGUAGUGGAUAAAACAAGAAUUUUUACUGAUCAAGACAUAGUAUAACCACACUAUAACUGGCUAUAUUGCCAAUAUAUUUAAUAAUAAUUAUACCUUAUGGUUUAUGAGUUAUUGCUAAGCUGAAAAAAAAUAUUCUAAAAAUGAAAAUUCCUAAAAUUUUCAUUAACCAUUAAACGAAAAAUAAGUAUUAUCAAAUCAAGCGCCUAUACAGGGUGUCCCAGAAAUAAGGGCAAGUAUUUUAAUUGGUAGUAAUAGUUCAACCCCAGAAACACGCCUAUGGAAAUUUUUUUAGUUUUUUGUUAAAACC